CGGGGUGGCUGGGAGGAAGGCUGAGACCAAGCGGGGCGGCGGCGGCACGGUUUUUGGGAAGGGAAGUUUAAAAAUGUGCGGGAAGAGGGUUGAAUUCAACCUUAUGGAACCGAAGGGAGUCGGGCUACUACGUUGGGUGUGUUUGUGUUGCGUUUGCGGGAAGUGAGGUUGCGAGGGCCGAGCGAGGUUUAGCUACAAGCCCAGCAGUGGCGGAGGAGAGUUUGCGUGUGAACCAUGACAGCAGCAGGAAGCGGCAAUGGUUUUGGCACCACAGCAUGGUGGGGCUUUUCUCCAGCACUUGACCUACAGGCCACAUAGCCAUUUCACUUUCCCAACAGGUCUGGAGGCCUCUAUGGAACAUCUGCAGCUGUCCCAGGAUGGUAUUCCCGAACUGAACAUCCUGCUAGUGGGAUCAGUAGACGGCCGUCAUAUCCUCAAGACAAUGAGUCAGGCGCACCGAUGGCCACGGCGGAAAAUCAAUUUCUAUGUGCUGGAGAACAAUCUGGAAGCCCUGGGUCGGCAGCUGCUGUUCCUGAGUCUGGCUGUGGAGCCUCUAGAGAAGAUGGGGCUGCAAGAGAAAAGUGAGACGUUCUUGGAGCUGAUAGGAAACACAUUGCUCCGAGGCCAGACGGCUGCUUAUCUGCAGGAGAAGGCAAACCUCUUCAUCCGCUAUGUCACAGACCCUGAUUUCCAGCAGGCUCAUCUGCCCCUAGUUGACUUGUCUGCCCUCAAGUUCAAGGAGAGGGACCAGUUGGAGGCCAUCUUCAAGUUCUGGCGGAAUCCCGACCCACAGACUUUCCAGAUCAAGCAGCUCUGGGAUCUGCGACUCCGGCAGUACCUGGGGGCCCGUUAUGACUCUCGCCGCGGGGUGUGUGACUGGGACCUUAAUAUGAAGCUGCAUGAACAUGGGGCCAAUGUGAUAAACUUCCGUGAGUUUUACCGGUGGCGGGACACAGGUAUGGCCUUUGAAAUGCGGGAAGCCCCCUACGACAUCCCCAACAAGACCUUGGCAUCUGGCUGCCUCCUCAGACAUAAAGGGGAGCGAAUACCAGCGCGGGGAUAUUGGGGAGAUGUAGCCACAGGACCCUACAUCAUUUUUGGGAUUGAGGCAGAAGAUCCCAGCCUGCUGAAAACGAUAAAUGGCAUCCCCAGUAAGAGUGCCCAGGAAAUCUCCUUACACAAUGUCACUGCCCUGUUGUAUGAACUCAGCUAUAACACCUGCUAUGACCCAUCAGCAUCCUCUGACGAGGAGGGAAUUAGAGGCAACUUGCAGGGGGCUGGUGACCAUUCCAAGCUGGGUGGUAACGGUGGCCCUCCUUCCGUAGAAGAUGCCAGAGUCUGCUUCUUGCCUCUCAACUGCCUCCCUGAGCUCCACCACAAAGGCAAAUACCAACAGCUCUUCAAUCUCAUAUUUGUCUCUUGCAGCAUGCUGCAUGUCCUAAAACCAAACGUGAAUCUGAUUGCAGCCCCGAAAGCCACUCUUAUUGUUGAGCUGACAAACUUCCUGUCUGACCUCCGCAAGGAGCAGGUCUCCGUGUUCUCCUCUCGAGUAGCCAAACAAGUGGCUGAGGCAGGAUUUGUUCCAGUCCAAGCAGCAGACAAGAAACCCUUCUCCUUGUUCCAGCUUGGGCAUCAGGAGGCUGGAGAGAUCUGUAAUGAGUUCCCUGCGCUCGAGAUGACAGCACCUGGUCCCUGAGCUUCCCCCUCUGUACCCUAGUUUCCUUUAUAACCAUUAUUUUUAAAAGAACAAUAAUUAGUUUCAGACGGGAGUUUCUUGUGGAAUCGGUACAGCUCAGUCACGCAAGCUUUUCUUUUUUUACAUUUAACCUUGUUGUGGAAAAUCCAAGAAGUAAAAACGACGCAUUAUGCACUGCUGAUAUAGAAGCUCAUCGGUGUUCGGGUUUUUUUUUGUGGGCCAGUUGUCAUCUGUGUAGUGGCAUUUCAGCAGCUGCUCUCGGGGGCCCCUGCUUUUGUUUGCUCCUUAGCUGAGCUGUUUUGUUUCCAGCGAACUCCCCAAUACCAGAAAAGUUCAUUUCUACCCAUUGCUGUGCCCUGGUGGGACUUUUGAUAUAAAAAAAUAAAAAAUAUUUACGGUACAAGGGUUGUCUUGCACAAGUCCUCUUUAUCAGAAUUUUGGUGUUUUGUCGCUGCUGAGGUCUGUGAGGCUGGGGAGAUGCGUAUAAAGAUGAAACUUCAGGAAAUAACAAUACUAGGCUGUGAAACUUUCCCUGGCUGAGGGGAACAGGCAUCUCGGUUUUUGUUUCUUUCUUUGGCCUGCUGGCACCUUGUUAUUAUUUUUACUGGCUUGGUUGUGGAGUCAAGUGGGGAACUGAAGACGCUUGCUUGUUUGUCCUGAAGAGAUCACCCUACUUCCAGAUAUCAAAAAUCUUGCAAUGGGGACCAGUCCAAGGUGCCAGAGAUCCCUGGAAUGAGGGGCAAACUCCAUCCUCUCCCAUUUAAUUACUCACAAACAAGGCAACAAAAUAUCCUUAAAGUAGUGACUGGUGGUGGGGCACAGGGGACAAAGCUGGUGUUUCUUGGUAAACAAGAAAGGAGGCAGGGCAAAAAAAGAACAAAUACAACUUUGUAAUCUGACAUUCAGGGUUUGUAGGCAAAUCUUAGGUGGGCGUGCUUAUCUGGAAGUGCUGAUGACCUCUGCGGAGGACCACGCUCGAAAGGAAGUGCAUGGAGAAUUCUAGGUGUGUUUACUCUGAGUAAGUGCCACUGAGUUCGUUGACACUUAGGCUCAUGUUAAUCUGCGCAGGAUCGCAGCUGUA